UAUCAGUAAAUAUGGACGUGUUUGCCCGAUGGAGAUUUUUUGUAGCGCUUAUAUUAUUCGAGCAAGUAUUGGCACUAGUUAAUGCAAGAACAUUAACUUACCCUCUGAAUGAUGGCAAUGAAAUACCGGCCAUUGCAUUGGGGACUAGCUUGGGACAUCUCUCUGAUGGUACGAGAGUCUUGGCAGUGAACCACUCGCUUGCAAGAGCAGUACAAUGGGCACUAGAGACCGGGUAUAGACAUAUAGACACUGCCGCACUGUACCGCAUAGAAGACGAAGUGGGCCUCGGAGUUCGUGACUAUUUGAGAGACAAUAAUGCACAGAGACAGGACGUGUACAUAACUACUAAGCUAUGGAAUGAUGCCCACGAAAGGAGUGAGGUUAUUCCAGCUCUGACAAGGUCAUUACAAGAGUUGCAGAUGGACUAUGUAGAUUUGUAUCUGAUGCAUUAUCCCAUGGCGUAUACGAAAGACGGCGUAAUAAGUGAAACGGAUUAUUUGGAGACGUGGAAAGGUUUAGAAGAUGCAAAAGAGCUAAACUUGACUAGAUCAAUAGGAGUGUCCAACUUCAAUAUAACACAAAUACAAAGGCUGUGGGAUAACUGUAGAAUCAAACCAGCUGUUAACCAAAUCGAGGUGAAUCCUACAAUAACUCAAGAUGAACUAAUAAACUGGAGUAAAGAACAUGGAGUGGUUGUUAUGGCAUAUACGCCAUUUGGAAGUAUACUCGGGCGGAAAAGUGAUGCACCUCCACCACGCGCUGAUGAUCCGUACCUGAUGUCUUUGGCUCAAAAAUACAAUAAAACUGUGCCGCAAAUACUGCUGAGAUAUUUGCUGGAUCGGAGGCUGGUCGCAAUUCCCAAGUCAACAAAUAAGGAACGAAUUACACAGAAUUUUGAUAUAACAGACUUUUCACUGACAUCUGCCGAGGUUGACGAGCUAUCGAAAUUUAAUAGUAAUUAUAGGCUCCGAACACCCGUUAAGUGGUAUCCCCAUCCACAUUUCCCAUUCGAGAAAAAGAACCUCACUGCUGCUGAAAUAGAGUACAUUAUCGCUAACAGCAAGGAAGAUUAAAGAUGCGAAAAUAAAAUUUGGAGGCAGAAUUUCAUAUUACAAGAAUGUGACAGGUAUUUAUGGAUUUAUUUCGACUCAAGGAUUUACUGGGAAGAACCAUGAUGGAAAAUUGAUUUCCUGAUAAUAAAUCCCUAUUAAGUAAGUCUUAAAGACAUUUUGUAAGCAUUACAUAUAUUACCAUGUAUUACUGCGUAGGUAUAUUGUAACCAUUUUGUAAUAAAAAAAUAAGUUGUUUAA